AUGGAUCUUUACUACAACAUCCUGUCACCGCCAUCGCGCGCUAUACUUCUGCUCGGUGAAACGCUUCAUCUUCGAUUCAACCUCAUCAGUCUCGACGUUCAUCGGAAGGAUUACGUGAAUGCGGACUUUAAGCGCAUCAACCCGCAACAUUCGGUGCCCACGUUGGUUGUUGAAGGUGUUGCCAUUUGUGAACCGGCUGCCAUCUUGAUGUAUCUUGCGGAGAAGCAUUCCAAUGGUUCGAGUGCCUCGCUUUAUCCGGUUGAUCCGUUACAGCGUGCUCUCGUAAACUCACGCUUGCUGUUUGAAGCUGGCACGCUUUAUAAGUGCAUCUUUGCGUAUUACAGUCCGAUCGUGCUUGAUCGUGCCGUUCCAGUGGAAUCUGAUCGUCAAAAGUUGCAAGAAGCUGUCGCUGUGUUAGAUGGGUUCUUGAAGAGAAGUUCUUUCGUGGCUGGUGAGCGUCUUACUGUGGCGGAUUAUUCGCUCGUUUGCACCGUGUCGAUGUUGGUGUUGCUGAAGUUUGAGCUGACGACGUACGAAGCGAUCGGUCGGUGGUACGAUCGAUGUCAGAAUGUGAUCGAGGGUUAUGCUCAGUUGACGCAGCGUGCUGUUACGAUGUUCCAGAGCUGGUUGGAGCAGGAACAGAAGGGUUAG